AUGGCGGACAUUGUCAAACAGAUCAUAGCAAGACCGAUUCAAUUAGCGGACCAAAUUAUCAAAGAGACAGAAUUUGCUUGUGUUUAUAAACAAGAUUGUGCUGACAUAAAAACCAAAACAGAAAAACUCGGUGGGCUUCUCCGGCAGGCGGCGCGUGCAAGUUAUGACCUCUAUGAACGACCCACGCGCCGUAUCAUCGAUGAUACGGAACAGGUUUUAGACAAAACAUUGCAGCUUGUGAUCAAAUGUCGGAAUAAUGGCAUAAGAAGGAUUUUUACAUUCAUCCCGAAAGGUGCGGUUAAGAAAGGGUCGAGUUUGAUCGAAAAUUCGAUCGGAGAUGUGUCGUGGCUCCUUCGUGUAUCGACUCCGACGAAUGAACGGGAUGACGAGUACGUCGGGUUGCCGCCCAUCGCGGCGAACGAGCCGAUUCUUUGUUUGGUGUGGGAGCAAAUUGCGAUUUUGUGUUGCGGUACGCUCGAGGACCGGGCCGAAGCGGCAGCAUCGCUUGUCUCGUUGGCCCGGGAUAACGAGCGGUACCGCAGAUUAAUUAUUGAAGAAGGUGGGGUCCCGCCGCUUUUAAAGUUGGCGAAAGAAGGGAAAAUGGAAGGGCAAGAAAGUGCGGUCCGAGCAAUGGGGUUGCUCGGGCAGGACAAAGAGAGCGUCGAACAAAUCGUGAAUGCAGGCGUUUGUUCGGUGUUCUCGAAGAUAUUGAAAGAAGGGCAUAUGAAGGUUCAAAUCCCGGCUGCGUGGGCCGUAUCCGAGUUUGCGGCUAACUACCCCGAAUGUAAAGACCAUUUCUUACAAAACAAUAUGAUUCGGUUGCUUGUGAGUCAUUUAUCGUACGAGACGAUUGAAGAACAUAGCAAGUACACGAUUGUUUAUGAGAAAAGAAUGGCAUCGAUUGUUGAUAUGGCCAAUUCGGACAACGAUGCGAAAAUUGGGCAACACAAGGACGAUAGGCAUCACGUUUCACGUCCUGGUGGUUUUGACUCGGGGGAUUCACACAAUGCUGUGACCAUGAAACCCCCGAGCCAACCCCAACAACGACGAGAAAAGAGUAAAAGACGUGUGGCAUUGUCUGGGGCCAGCAUUAAAGGUAGGGAGUUUGAAGAUCCCGCUACAAAAACUGAAAUGAAGGCGAUGGCGGCACGAGCGCUAUGGCACCUAUGUGCCAAUCAUUUUGCAAUAUGUAAAACCAUAACCGAGUCGCGAGCACUUCUUUGUUUCACGGUACUAUUGGAAAAGGGUGAAGAAGAAGUAAAAUACAAUUCAGCAAUGGCACUAAUGGAAAUCACUGCCGUUGCAGAAAGUCACGCCGAGCUCAGACGCUCGGCGUUUAAGCCAACGUCCCCAACCGCUCGUGUGGUUGUGGACAAGUUGCUUAAAAUUGUUAACAAAGGAGAGUCUGAUCUCCUUAUUCAAAGCAUCCAGUCAAUUGGAAACUUGGCCCGAACUUUUCGGGCCACUGAAACAAGGAUCAUCCCUUCAAUGGUGAGGCUCCUUGACGAUAGGGAGCACGAGGUGUCAGCACAAGCAGCCAUUGCACUGAUCAAGUUUGCGUGCACGGAUAACUACUUGCACGUGACCCAUUGCAAGGCGAUAUUAGAGGCAGACGCGCCUAAACACUUGAUUCAACUAACUUAUUUUGGGGAGCUAGUGGCUCAGGUACCGGGCUUGAUCCUGCUUUGCUAUAUCGCGUUACACGUGCCUGAUAGCGAAACAUUAGCUCAAGAAGAUGUGCAUAUUGUGCUUCAGUGGGCUUUGAAACAAGGUCAUUUGAUGCAAGAUUCACAACUAGAAACUCUUGUUUUGGAAGCCAAACAGAGAUUGGAGAUCUAUCAAUCUCGAGCUUGA